UUCACCUUCCACUAAUCAAAUGCCAACACAAAAUCUCCAAAUUAAUUAAUUUUAAUUCUUCACUCAUACUUUUUUCAACCAGAAACCAACAAAAUUCAAAUUAAAGUGAUGUAUUACAAUGUGACAAAACAAAAAAUGGUAAAAAAGUGUGUGGCUUUGGAUUCUUGUAGCUGAAUAGUGGUUUUUCUUUAGAAUGGCAAAAGCAUCUGACCCUUUUCUUCUUUUAAUGUCUUUUUCUCACUAAAAAAAGAGUCUUUCUGUGUAAUUUUGUGUUGGUGUGGGGAGAAAUGAGGUUGUUGUUGCUACUGGCAGCAGUACUGUUGGUGGCCAUUUUGGUGAAUUUUUCAAGCUUUGUUAAUGGUGAUACAGAUCCAUCUGAUGCAUCUGUUCUGAGAGUCCUGUAUACCACACUAAAUUCACCAGGUCAGCUGACAAAAUGGAGUGCCAAUGGCGGUGAUCCUUGUGGAGAGUCCUGGACAGGCAUUACCUGCUCGGGCAAUAAUGUUACUGAAAUCAAGUUAUCAGGUCUUGGGCUCUCAGGUUCAUUGGGGUCUCAGCUAGAUAGUCUAAAAUCUGUGACCAAUUUUGACAUAAGCAAUAACAAUAUGGGGAGCCAGUUACCUUACCAGCUUCCUCCAAAUGUGCAAAGACUAAACCUUGCUUCUAGUGGUUUUAGUGGUGGCCUCCCAUAUUCCAUUUCACAGAUGACCUCCCUCCAGUACUUAAAUGUCAGUCACAAUCAAAUUCAAGGAUCAGUGAUUGUCUCGUUUGAUUCUCUCUCUGCACUCAACACAUUGGAUUUCUCUUUCAAUUCUAUGGCGGGUAAUCUUCCUCAAAGCUUCCGGUCACUAACUAGUAUGAACAAAAUGUAUUUGCAGAACAACCAGUUUAGUGGAACUAUUGACGUCCUGGCCAAUCUUCCCCUCGGAAAUCUGAAUGUUGAAAACAACCAAUUUACUGGCUGGAUUCCAGAUCAGCUGAAAGGGAUAGUGCAAUCAAAUGGUAAUUCAUGGAUCUCAGGACCUGCACCCCCGCCUCCACCUGGCACACCUCCUGCAAACAAUCCCAAUGGAGAUCACAAAUCCAGAGAAAACAGCAGCAAUCCAGGCAGUAAGAAAUCAGGUAUAGGGGGUGGAGGUGUUGCAGGAAUAGUGAUAUCUAUUCUAGUUGUUGGAGCAAUAGUAGCAUUCUUUAUUAUCAAGAAAAGAUCAAGAAGGUCAUCCUCAGACAUAGAAAAACUUGAUAAGCAGCCACUUGCUCCUCUUACUUCACAGAAAGUAGAAGAGUUGAAACCUUAUCAAACCUCCUCCACAGUAAGCAUGGGCACAUUUGAAACUCCCACUGCUGUAACUCUAAGACCUCCACCUAUUGAUCGCCUUAAGUCCUUUGAUGAGGUUGACAUUUCACCGAAACCUAUUGUUCCUCCCAAGAAAAUUAAUACAGCUCAAAUCAGCGCUACACAGUUUUCAAUUGCAGACCUACAAAUUGCUACUGAUAGCUUCAAUGUUGAAAACCUUAUUGGCGAGGGAUCAAUUGGGCGUGUUUAUUGCGCUCAGUUUGAUGAUGGCAAAGUUCUUGCGGUCAAGAAAAUCAAUUCGUCUGCCCUCCAAAAUCAUGAAGAUUUUCUCAAUAUAGUUUCUGAGAUAUCACAGUUGCAUCAUCCAAAUAUAAUUGAGCUUGUUGGUUAUUGUUCAGAGCAUGGACAGUACUUGCUAGUUCAUAGAUUCCAUAAAAAUGGUUCUCUGCAUGAUUUCCUGCAUCUAUCAGAUGAAGACAGCAAGCCACUGGCAUGGAAUAGCCGAGUCAGGAUUGCACUUGGUGCAGCACGAGCACUAGAGUAUCUGCAUGAAGUUCAUUCACCAUCAUUGGUUCAUAAGAACAUUAAAUCGGCAAAUAUUUUACUUGAUCUGGAACUCAAUCCUCAUCUAUCAGACUCUGGAUUAGCAAGCCUUAUUAAUGAUGCAGAUCAGGCACUAAACCAUAAUACAGGGUCUGGGUAUGGUGCACCUGAGGUAGCUAUGUAUGGGCAAUGCACCAUAAAAAGUGAUGUCUACAGCUUUGGAGUUGUUAUGUUGGAACUUCUUACCGGACGAACACCUUUUGAUAGUGAGAGACCAAGAUCUGAACAAUCUUUAGUUAGAUGGGCUACACCUCAACUCCAUGAUAUUGAUGCCUUGGCUAAGAUGGUUGAUCCAGCACUUAAAGGACUCUAUCCUGUUAAAUCUAUUUCGCGCUUUGCUGAUGUAAUUGCUCUUUGUGUCCAGUCUGAGCCUGAGUUCCGGCCACCUAUGUCAGAAGUUGUUGAAGCCUUAGUUCGGCUAGUUCAACGAGCAAAUAUGAGCAAGAGGACAUAUAGUAUUGAUCGGAGUUCAAGGGGUGAAACAGAUAGUCAAGACAACCAACCUUAAUUCCGAUGUAACGUAGCCUUUUCUAUUAAACUGUCUCUCUUUGUAGUUUGCUGUUUGUGGGAUAUAAUGUGCAGCUGGUCUGUUCAGCAAGAUCCUGUUGGUUGCUUUGUGUUGUACACACUGCUAGGUACUAAAAUCUGUUCAUAGUGCAUAUUCAAUUUUCAUUUUUUCCUGUA